AUCAACCCAUGUUUAAUGCCGUUGACAGCCGCCAGGGUGCGCAAGUUUCCAGUUUAAAGUCACAUGACACCAACUGAAGAUGUCUGCGACGGAGGAGGACACGGAACUCAGAGAUCUACUGAUUCAAAACUUGGAAAACAGUGGUGUUUUGAAUAAAAUUAAGGCAGAGCUACGUGCAGCUGUUUUUCUUGCCUUAGAAGAGCAAGACAAAGUUGCGAACAAAACACCUCUUGUGAAUGAAAACCUCAAAAAGUCCUUAAACACAAAGGAUGAGCUUGGUAUAUCAGAAACGGCGGUGAAUAAAAACACCCCUCUCCUGCUUGAGUUGGUGAAGAGGGGCCGGCAUAAAGAGGGAGAUCGGUUGAUUGAGAGAACUUUUCCCAAGGAAUUGUUGCCCCGUCAAAUUGCUGAUGCCCGCAAAAGAUUUGACAGCCAUGACAAGAACAGAAGUGGUGAGAUCAACAGAGAAGCUGUUAUUGGAAUUUUCACUGAUCUUUUUCCCCAGUUCAGCAGAAACAUGCUGGACAGUUACGUCACUGAGGAAUUUAGAGCCAAAGGCAAGAACACAACUGUAGACUUCCAGGACUUCUUGGGAAUGUACAAAUGCUUUUUCAUUCAGUGUCGGAGUGUGGUUUCCAGUGAGAGUAGCGAUGCACUUUAUACCUCAAGUAACACCUCUGAAGAUAAAAUCAUUUCUUCUUCCACCAGCAAGAUACCCAGGUAUAAAGGAUUUGUUAAGCACAGUUCAGCGCAGAAAGAAAAGCCUGACCUAAAGGCCGGAGACAGACGACCUGGUGAACCGCUGGGAUCUCAGAAGAACAGAGGAUCUGUUCAAGUGUCUGAAGGCACAGAUGAGGGAUUAGGUGAUGGGAAAAACCUCCCCACCUCACUGAGGAGAGCACUGGAGUUUGGCCUGGAGGAUGAGGAUGAAGGAGACUCGUUCUUUGAUGAUCCUCUUCCUCAACCUCAGAAGACCUAUGGCUGUGGUUUAUCUUCAGCAGAUAAGCCUUAUUCAGGGCAGAGGCAUUCUGAAAAAAGCUAUAGUCAGAAAGAUCAACACUGGCAGAGGGAAGGGAGCCUUUCAGGGCGAUCCUUAUCCCAAAUGAGGAGGGGCACUAGCCUCAAUGAUCUGUCUGCUAUAGGCAGUGAUAAAGAGGGAGAUGGAGAGGACAUGCUCUCUGACUGUGAUAACAGGCCUAAACCCAGGGGAGAAGGUUUGGGCAGCAGUUUAGGAAAAGCAUUCAUGGCAGACGCGCAGCUGAAGAGUGCGGGAGGAUCGUUUGAGAGCAGUCAGAAAGACCAUUCAUCUGAUAAAAACGGUACGUCUAGUUCUAAAGAUAAGGUUGUAAAAGAGUUUCCCGUUCCAAAUGAGAAAACUGCAUCUCCUUUGCUGGAUGAUGAUCUUGACUAUGACGAUGACUUCAACAGUCAUCUCUCUGAAAACUCUAAGAGUGAAGUGAGCAUCGAUGAGGAGAUUGAGGUGGUGUCGAUAGAGGGGCCUGACAUCAGCCAUAAGCUUGAUGAAACCACUCAGGAUGUGAGCGUUUCACAGAUAAGUUUGGGUGCAGACUACAUUGAAGACGUUGCUUGAAACCUAUUUGUUGGUUCUUUAUUUUAUACUUUAUGUAUUUAUGGAUUUUGUUGACAAUAAAUAAUUAAUUACAGCCUGA